UGCAAAUUCUCAAGGUAAAGAAGCUUGACAAAUGGGUGCCCCACGAACCCAAUGAUCGCUAGCGUGAAGUACGCGUCGAGACGUGAAUUGCACUGCUCAACAGAGUGAUGAAAAAUGGAUUCUGUUUGAUAACCGCAAGCACUCAGCAAGUUGGUUGGAUCCUGGUUCAGCAUCUAAACAAUGCCCUAAACGAAAACUUACCUCUAGAAAAGUUAUGGUCACUGUUUGGUGGUCUAGCGCCGGUGUGAUUCAUCAUAGCUUCUUACCAAACGGGUUUGUGCAAAUAACAGUUUAACAAAUAAUGUCAAACAUUUUAACGCAACAAGAAGAAUCAUAAACGGGCAAGAAGCUGGAGACACGAGACCAUAUAUGGUUUACCUCAGACCAGCUCGCACAGAGACCUCUGUAGACGCGAAUUGGUUGUGUGGAGGAGUUAUAGUGGACCAUCAGCAUAUUCUGACAUCAGCAGCAUGCAUAGAAGAUGUUAAGCAUUUCUAUGUUGUUUCUGGUACACAUAAAUGGUAUGAAAAGAAUACUGACGAAGAGUGCAUACGGAAUGGAGCGAAGAAAGCGGUUUGGAAAUGUGUUUCCAAGGACUAUGUGUAUGAUGCUGACCAACUAGAUAACAUUCGGUGGAUGAUAAACGACAUAGCAGUAGUAAGAGUUGAAGACAGUUUCAAUUUUGAGAAAAGAGUUCGCGGCUGUGACUUUAUACCAAAACAAAUAGCUUAUAAUAACCAAAGUGAAGAAGCUGAGAAACCAGGAACUGUUGGCUCUAUCGCUGGUUGGGGUUCGGUGGAGUCAUUUGGUGAUUUAUUUGGACGUAAGACAGUGAAUUCCCCGGAGCUAUUAGAAACCGAUGUGGUUCUCAUUUCCAAGAGGAGAUGUAAGAUGCGAUGGCCCGAACGCUAUCACAACAUCAUUGAUGGGAAUGUCAUCUGUGCAAGGGAUAGCUCUGGUGAAUCCAUCAAUGAACAGUGUAAUGAUCAAGAGUUAUAUUGUAAAGAAUUGAGUUCAGAAGAUGGUACACUUAGAAGACAUUACGACGUAAAUGCCACAUCACUGCUGGUGCAUUCGUCCAGGCAUUUAAAUAAUACGCGAAGAUCAACAGUACAAUCCGGAGGGUUCUGUGAAAAUGAUCAUGGUGGGCCCCUCAUUGUAGGUCAUGGUCCCCGGGCUAUUUUAAUAGGGCUGAUAUUGGCUUGUCAAACUGCCAAUAUAACUCAGAAGUGUUACGGACCUUAUUUGUAUACAAGUGUGUACAAAAACAGAUUCCUGAUCAGUUGUGCAAUUGAAAAAGACUUGGGUGCGACGUGUAAACAAAUGUUACGAUCAUCGAAGACUCGCAUAUCGGAAUACAACUGGGCCAACCAUCCUGAUGGACCAGCAAAGUCUGAAGACAACUCUAACUAUCUUCGAAGUCACAUGAACGAAACUAUCCACAAGAAAUUCGCUAAAAGGAGCAGGCACAAUCGCCAGCAACGACAAUUAUCAGAAAAUUGAACUAAGACAACAAUAAUAUUUAUAAAUAAACUCAAAACUAAUUAAAAUUGCCUUUUUGUAUUAC